GUUUCCCCGGGCGAGGGCGGGGGGGACCCGCCGCUGAGCGGAGCCGCCCCCCGGGAAGGAACCAGCCUCCCCGCCAGCACCUUAGAAGGGCCCACGGGCCCCGCCCCCGCUGCAUCCUCCCACCUGGGGCUGCCUCUUGCCGCGGCUGGGAGGCGAGUUUCUCCCGGGCCGGCUCGCCACGCAGGGCCCCCGCGGCCAGCGCGCACCGGGCACCUCCCCGGCCAUGGACUGAGCGCGCUGCCGUCUCCGCCGGGGGCUGGGACUGGCCCCUUCCCUGCUGGGGGGUUCACCCCCCCCCCCGUCUCCCUCCCCGCUGGGUUUGGUUUUAUGGGGCAGCAAGAGACUCGACCAUGUUAUCGGGCUCCAAAAACUCCUUUAAAAUCCAGCAGCACAAGCCGGGCCCUGCGCUGAGAGGUCCAAAGUCCUCUGACAUGAACAGCAGGCGAAACAGGAACUGCCAGGCUUUCCCGUGUAUCCCAGGGGAACACGUCCUGGAAGCGGCAGCUCACGUGAGGAAGAUCGUCCGCUCCAGGGAUGGCGAAGGAUCCAUCCUGGGCACACUGUACUGCACCAACCUGAGAGUCGCCUUCGUGCCAGAGCCGGCCCCGGGUGACACGGUGGGGGCCCCUCGCUGUUCCACUUGCCUGCACAGUGAGCACGACGUGGCCCUGCCCUGCAUCGGGAGGCUGGUGGCAGUGAACAGCGUCACCAAGGCCAAGGUGCUGACGGCCAGCUCUACCCUCAAGUUCAUCCCGGAGGAGCUGGUCCUCUACUGCCGGGACUUCCGGGUGCUGCGUUUCCGCUUCCGCGACAGCGGCUUGGAGCCCCGGGCCUGUCAGGUGACACUGGCCAUCGUGCAGGCUCAGGAGAGCAGCAGCGCCAGCGCUGGGACGUGGUACGACACUGGUGCUAUAAGGAACCUGGAGAACGCCUGGCUGAGCACGGAGGAGUCGUCGUCGUCCCCCCCGACGCUGCUCUUCGAGAGGCCCUGUGACUGGGAGAAGGAGCUGAGGCGGCUCGGGGCUGCUGGCUGGAGGGUCAGCCCCGUCAACGAGCGCUUCGACAUGGCCACCAGCCUCCCCAAGUACCUCUGGGUCCCCAGCAGGCUCCUGGACAACGAGCUCAAGAGGGCCUUCGGCCACUUCAACGCGAGGCGCAUCCCGAGGCUGUGCUGGCAUCACCCGGGAGGCAGCGACCUGCUGAGAGCCGCCGGCUUUCACGCCGAUUCAGACCCCGAGAAGGAAGACGUGAGGUCUGUGGAAGCGCUGAUGCUCGCCGGCCACGCCCAGUGUGUGAUAGUGGAGACAGCCGCCGACCUGCCCAGCCCUGCAGAGAUCCAGCUCUCUUACCUCAAACUUCGGGCCCUCUGCCUUCCUGACUCCUCUGUGGCCGAUGAGAAGUGGCUCUCUGCCCUGGAGGGGACGCGCUGGCUGGAGCACGUCAGGGCUUGUGUGAGGAAAGCGUGUGAGGUGGCCGCCCUGCUGGCAGAGAGGUCCCGCUCCAUCAUGCUGCAAGAGUCAGACGACCGGGAUCUGAACUGCCUGCUGGCCUCCCUCGUCCAGGUCCUGUCGGAUCCCCACGCCCGUACCCAGUCUGGGUUCCAGAGCCUGCUGCAGAAGGAGUGGGUGGUGGCAGGGCACCCUUUCCUCCAGCGCCUCAACCUCCUCCGGGACAACGACCGCGAGGAGUCUCCGGUGUUUCUGCUUUUCCUGGACUGCGUGUGGCAGCUGCUCCAGCAGUUCCCAGCAUCCUUUGAGUUCACAGAGACAUACCUGGUGGCCCUCCAUGACAGCAGCUACAUACCCUUCUUCAGCACCUUCCUGUUUAACUGCCAGUGGGAGAGAGAUCGCAGGAAUCAGCACCGUGCCUCCAACCAGAUCUACGCGCCCGUCAACGGCUGGCGGGAACCCCCUCCCCUGGAGAUCCUGCAGAAGGGUGGCCGCCUGGCGAAGGAGAGAGGGGGCCCCUACUUGCCCACCAUCUGGGACUGGGCGCUGCGCUACACCACCCAGCAGAGGGCGCAGUUCAGAAAUCCCGCCUAUGCCAGGGGCAGCGGCAGCACCACUGUUCCAAAUGGCAAAUCUGCCCCACUAGGGGGCGACAAGCUGGAAGCUGCCUUGUCUGGGAACGGCGCCGUGUACCUGUUUGCCAAGGGGGCCCUCUCGCCGCAGACCCACCUCUUCCCCUGGAAGAACGGCUCGCUUUCCAAAAAGGGCUGGCGGCGGGCUCAGUCCUCAGAGAGCCUCAGCGAACAGGACCGGUCCUUGAGAAGCAGUCCCAGUGGCUGCCCCCUGCAGCCUGAGGGGCUGCUACUUCCUGCCUCUGUGGGCCCCCUGAUCCGGCUCUGGAGAAGGUGUUACCUGCGGGGGAGCCAGGAAGUUCAGCGUGGCCUCUUUGCCUCCACGCUCGCUGAACUCGCGGAGGAGCUGGACCUGCUUCGAGAGCGGCUGGGCAACUGACAGGCGAGGGGACCUGCUAGGGUGCCUCAUCAUGGCAGCAUGCGGAGCCCUUCUCACCAGCCCCCUGAAGGCGAAACGCUGCGAAGACUGGACGGCCUUGCGUCCCUGCUGCCAUGCUGGAGAUGGGAGAGCGCCCUGGGCAGAACCGGAUCUGUCCUCUGGGCCAGUGGACCAAGCGGGGGGACCUCAACGGACUCUGGGCCCUGCUGUUCCUCCUGCCGCGGGGAGCUGCCCGUCCUGUGGCUGCAAGAAAGGGAACCGGGCAACCCCGUCCAUCCAAAGGGCUCGCUCCCACUCACGCAGCUCAGAGUGGUGGGUGCCCAGAUAACCCUGGCUCCUCCCAAGUGCUACCUCCUCAAAAUCGGGCCCGAUCCCAGAGCCCCCGCCCGGCCCUGAGUCUGGUUAAGCCCCCCGCCCCCCCCCCCCCCCCCCAUGCUGGGUGUUUGGCCGGGGUUCGCAUGGUGGGGUCUGGAUGGGAACCGAACUCCAGUGUUCUCUAGCGCCGCUCGGCACAACCUACAGCGUAGGGGUCUGUUACUGCAGGGGUCGGGGCAGGCACUCCAGGGUACUGGGUCCAACCGCUUUUGCUGCAGCUCCAUCUGAGUUGUGUCUCUCUCCGUUCUCUGAUCUUCCAUGCACCUUCACCCUCCUCGCUCCCCCAGGGUGACUUACUCAGCUGAUGAGGCUGGCUCAUUCGCGUACCUCCCCCAGAGGGGUGGCAUGUGGGUGGAAGGGCAGGCGAGGGUUAACCUGCCGCUGCCCAUGCCAUACCCGUCCACUCUCCAGCACUGUCAGUCUGGCACCCGUCCCUGAGCGGCAACUCUGCAAAGCUCGUAACCCCCUGCCUGGAUUCCCUAAGUGACCCUUUCAAUUGAGGCUUUUGAAGCGGGAGGGGAGGGGAAAAUAAUUGAAUCUUUCAGAAGGAUGGUGGGAAAAGGGGAGCAAGAGAACCCCAUCCUCAGUAGAUUACGGGGAGCCCUCACGAGCUCUCAUCUCCGGGCAGGGCUACGCUACAGACUUGCAUCGGCAGCAGCGCUGUAGCGCUGCUGGUGAAGACGUUCUAAGCCUACAGAGAGCUCUCCCGUCAGCCGCAGGGCGGGUUCAGGUCGGUAUAACGACGUUGCUCAGGGAUGUGAAAAAUCCACCCCCCUGAGCGACGUAAUUAGAGCAGUGUGUGUAAUGUAGACCUGGCCUCUGAUCCGAAAGCUGCCGUGCGGCGCCAGAGCCGGAUGCACUUGGCGCUGUCCUGCCAGCAAUGUGCUGGGGCGGGUCUUUGAGGCAGUGGGCAUGUCCCGGCACUAGGUACUUACUGUGCUACCUCCAGAACUUGCUUUCUAAGCCUUGGAGUUCAGGUCUCGACCGGAGAGUCCCCGGAGGGCGGGAUUGUCGGGAUCUGGAGCUUAGGAACUCUGUUGGCUGAACAAUAUACCCAGCUGUGCCUCUGCCAAUCAUCUGGGCAGCAUGUAAGUUGCAGUUGCAUUGGCAGGCGGCUGGUAAUGGCAAUCUUGGUAAUGUGUGGUCCCGGGAGCCUCUGUCCUCCGUUACUACCUUCGAACAAUGGCAAUUCUGCUCUCAGUAGAUUGGACCAAGCCGCUCAGUGGUUUCUCCUACAGCGUGUUUCCAGCACAAGCUUAGGGGGGUACUGGUGCAGGGGUGGGAGCCUCUCCUAUCUGCCAUCACGGCAGACCUAGGUCAGGUUACCACCUGAUGUCUCUAAGGAAGGGAUUGGUGGGUCGCAGCCAGGUCCCCAUUAAACAAGCAUCUGUGUCCCCCAAGCUCCGUCGUCUUUCCUGCUCUGUGGCUCCCAUCUUGAUACAUGCAAUGGAGUGGGAAUGGGCCUUGUUCUCACCUUUCCCAGUGUUCCUUAUACAUGGAGCCUUAGCCCUGGGUUAUGGGGCUGGGGUUAGGGGGAGGGCAGUUUGCCUGGGCUGUACCCAGCCUAGAGGCCUUCAGUUUCCAGGGCUAUCCCCCUGGCAUCUCUCUCGAGCUUGGUGGGGAGAAAAAGCUGAAGGCCACCCGGCCCAGUCAUGGGCUGCUUGUCGCCUUAAGUCAGAGUUGUCAUUGCUUUUGUGCUUUAAAUCUGAAUUGAAAAGUGGAUGCUGUAGAUCGUGGGCCCUGCAUUUCAGGGAACUGGGCUUGCCGUCUGAGCUCCAGCUUUUCAGAGGCCUGACUCACAACCCGGUCACCCACCACUCCUUCCACUUCAUAGCCAGCCUUCUUGGGCUGAGACUUUCAUCUCCGAGUGGGAUCUGGAACCCAAUCUCCCUCCUCACCCUGCCGAAUUCACAUCCAAUUAGUUAACGUCACCAGCCAUGCUUGGGCAUUAAAAUCAACAGGAGUCUUUCUGUUGGCCCCAAUGGGCAUUGGAUUCAGGCCCUUGUGAGGGGGAUGGAGGAAACCCUUUGAUGGGAGACUUGCUGCAUCUUUCAGGUACCUACAGAUGCAUGACUGCUGUACCCAGAUGGCAUCAUGCUGCUUUGUCAGUGUUUAUGGACACUGGGGUUUGCACAGUUCCUGUAUGCUACUACUUUUCCGCCCUGAGAUUUGAGUGCCUACUUUGUAUAUCUGUCUAACAACAAUGAGGAAUAACAAAGAUUAUUUUUAUUGGCAUUUGUAAUAUAAUCUCUCGGGGCGAUAUUAGAGAUGUUUGUUUUUUGUUGAAAAAUUUAUAUUUUAUAUUAAAAAAAAAAGCUCUGGUUCUAACAUUAGUAACUCACAGGAAAUGGGUUAUUGUAUAAGCUAAAGUGUUAGACAAAACUGGACGAUACACUUUUAUAUAUGUGUGUGUUUUUCUCACACCCACACACAGAGGGAUUGGAAGCCGCCAAAUUCCAGGGUGGAUUAGAACAGUUGUAGAGGUAGGGCUACCCUGUAAUCCAAAUAUUGCAGCACGGGUAGACAUGCCGGCAUGGCUAAGAAUAGCAGUGUAGAUGUAGUGGCACGUGUCAGUGUGGACUGUACGGGGACCCUGGGUAUGUGGGCUAGCAAUGCAUCUACUUGGCAAUUUUGAGCCAUGCUUGUGCAGAUAAAGCUAGUGCAGGUAUGUCUUCCCAUGCACUAAUCACACCUAGGAUUGCAGGAUAGACCUACCCAUGCUGCAUGUGUUACAGCAGAGGGUCUAAUCCAGCUGUGAUCUUAGCUUACGAAAUUGGUACUGUUCUCUGCGAAACUGUGGAAUCGUUGGGGUAAGAGUCCUAGAACUUUAGGACUUUCAGGCCCUGGGAAAGAACCAGGACUGCCAUCUGAUGGAGUAUGAACAAAGUACUUCCUCCAGAACAGCCUCAUUUCUUUUUACGUGCAAGGUUUCAAGAGCGGGAGGCUCUGGACUUUCCUUGGAAGAGUCCUUUUCCUGCUGGUUACUCCUUUAUAAUAACUUGGGUUUUUUUUGUUUUUUGUUUUUUUUUGUUGUUGUGUGUUUAAAUCUUAGUGCUAAUAGCACAUAUACAUAGAAGUAUUUUGGAGACCAGAACGUUAGGGUAACUUGGUGCAGAUCACACAUUCCCGGUGGCAUGAGGCAUGAGUUAAGUGGAAAUCCAAACAAGGGCAUUUUUUUUCUAUUCUGUAUAUUUUUGUAGUGACAUUUCUAUUUAAGAGCUCAUUAAAGUGCAGUAUUUUUAAAUGCA